CCCAACACGCAGCAUCAACACAACACGCACUCAAUGAUGUUGGUUUUUAUUGUGUUUUUUCUUUGUCUUAAAGAUCUGGUGAAUGCUGAAUGGGAUGAGGUAAAGACAGUGAUGGAGGGACACAUUCUGACUCUUCAUGCAGGAUCUGCUCAAAUGGAGGGACAUUCAGAAAUAAUCUGGUAUUUCAAAAGUGCUGGUCGUACCACCCGUAUAGCACAGAUGAAUCGUGGAGGAGUUGUUAACGUUUAUGAAGAGAGUCUUGCUCACAGAUUAAAACUAGACCGAACGUGUGGAUCUCUGACCAUCUGCAACAUCAGCAUCAGUGAUUCUGGAGUUUAUGAAGUAUCGCAAACCAUUAAGUUACACGUCUAUGAGAAGAAGUUCAGGGUUGAUGUGUAUGCUCCUGUUUCUGUACCUGCUAUUGAGAGAAACUCAUUGGUUAUUGAACACAGAUCCUCAGGUACUUUAAAGCAGCCGCAGGAGUUGUGCUCAGUGUUGUGCUCUGUGAAAAACAGCCGAGACGUGUUGAUCUCCUGGCAUAAAGGAGGAGAAAUGAUAAAGCAGAGCAGCAGUCCUGAGCUCAACAUCAGCCUCAGUUUAUCAUUAGAGCUUCAUUAUGAAGAUGUCGAGAACUACAGAUGCACCGCUGAAAAUCCAGUGAGCAACAAGAGCAUCCAACUUCAGCUCAGAGACGUCUGCAGAUCAACACAGAAAGAUUGUCAGGAUCAUUGUGGCGCCACUCUAAUUCGACUGGUUUUGUCUGGUCUGGUGGGAAUCGCCACUGUUUUAUUUCUGUUUGAUCAUUUAAGGCUCCGCUCGGCUCAGGAUAGAGAUGCUGCUGUUUCUGUGUGCUGACGACACGUUCAUCCGUUUGCAGGGUGUGAACUUUGACAAUGAAACUGCACCUGCUGGUUUCAGUCUUUCAUAUUUGUACUGUGGAUAAAGGUAUCUGCCAUUCUGGUAAAUGUGAACAUGUCAGAUGAAAGAAAAUAAACUGCACCUUCAUGUGCAUGUGUAACAUGCAAAAAAUGUUUGUGAAUGUAUUAAUGAAGCACUGCCAAAAUGAUCAAAAGUAGUUUGUAUCAUAAUAUGUGUUUUGUGUGUACUCUGUAUAUGUAAUUUGUAUUAGAUGUUAGAUUAGAUAUUAUGAUAUAAAUAUAAAAGAAGGGGUGAGACGGUGGCUUAGUGGUUAGCACUGUUGCCUUACAGCAAGAAGGUCGCUGGUUUAAGUCCCGGCAGGGUUAGUUGGAAUUUCUGUGUGGAGUUUGCAUGUCUCCCAGUGUUGGGUUUCCUCCGGGUGCUUCGGUUUACCCCACAGUCCAAACAUAGGUGAAUUGAAAGAACUAAAUUGGCCGUAGUGUAUGAGUGUGUGUGAAUGAGUGUAUAUAGGUGUUUCCCAGAGCAUCCACUGUGUAAAAUAUAUGCUGGAUAAGUUGGCGGUUCAUUCCGCUGUGGCAACUCAUGAGGAAUAAUGGGACUAAGCCGAAGGAAAAUUAAUGAAUCAAACUAUAAAAGAGCACAUGGAAAAUACACUUUUAAAAUAGCUUAUAGUGAGUGAUCAGUCAGAAAUUCAGUUUUCCUUUUGAGUUUUGAAUCAAGUUUUGGGCCAAUUGGCAUUCUCGAGUAGUCACAUCCAAAAUAAAAGUUUGUUUUGAUAUAAUAAUUGUGUGUAUUAUG